AUGAAAAAAUCGCAAAAUGAACUUUUAGAAGAAGCUUUGUAUUGUUGGUUCCUACAAAAACGAUCAACUGGGCAACCGAUAUCUGGACCUUUGCUCUGUGAAAAAGCAUUACAGCUAAAUAAAAAAAUAGGUAGUGAUGAAUCGUUUGUUGCAAGUAACGGUUGGUUGUACAGGUUUAAAUCUCGUCAUGGAAUUCGCGAAUUGGAAAUACAAGGUGAAAAAAUGUCAGCGGAUGUAGAUGCAGCAAAUUCUUUUAAAGAUGGUUUUAAGAAAGAAUUGGAUAAAAAUGACUACGACUUGGAUUUUCUUUAUAAUGCUGAUGAAACUGGAUUAUAUUGGAAAUCAUUACCAUCAAAAUCUUUAGCGUCUCAGCGAGAGAAUUCAGCUACUGGAUAUAAAACUAGUAAAGAGCGAGUAACAAUAUUAGUUUGCGCUAACGCUACCGGGACCCAUAAAAUUCCUUUGCUCCUCAUCGGAAAAUCCAAAAACCCCCGAUGCUUCAAAAAUAUCAGGGUACCCUUAAUUUAUAAAAACCAAAAAAGCGCAUGGAUGAACUCCGAAAUAUUCAUUGACUGGUAUGACAACAGUUUUAUCCCUGAAAUAAAAAAAUAUCAAAACGAAAUUGGAAAAGAAGGAAAGGUUCUACUUUUACUGGAUAGUGCGCCGACCCAUCCUUCGGCUGAACUGUUAGAAAGAGAAAAUGGAAGGUUUAAAGUAAAAUUUUUGCCUCCUAAUGUGACAUCGUUGAUACAACCAAUGGAUCAAAGUAUUAUUGAAACAUUGAAACGACUUUAUAGAAAACAAUUUUUACGUAGAUUGUUAUCUGUUGAUGAAGAUAACGUACAAGUUGUUUUAUCAUUUUUGAAGCAAAUGAGUUUAAAGGAGUGUUGUUACAUGGUUGUAAAUGCGUGGGAUUUGAUUGAAAGGAAGACUCUGGAAAAAGCUUGGAAUAGAAUACUAAAACGGGAGAACGAAUAUUCAAUAACUAACUCGGAUGAUUCUAUUUUGGUGGAUAUAAAUGAGCUAAUGUCAAAUAUACAAAUAUGCAAGGAAUGUGAUGCUGAUGAUAUGAAAGAGUGGCUCACUUGUGACAGUAAUGAUCAAGGUUUUCAAAUCAUGUCGGAUGACGAAAUUGUUGAAAACAUGUUGCAGGUAAACGAACAGCAAGAAAUGCAAGAUGAAACAGAAAAAAAUGUAGAUGUGGAAAAUGAUGCAGGACCAUCUCAUGCGGAAGCAUUUCAGGCGCUAGAAAUAGCUCUUAAAUGGUAUGAAAAACAAACAGAGUGUGAUACUGUGAGUUUACUACAGCUAAAACGAAUUCGUGAUGUAGCAGCAAUAAAGAGAAAGAGUGGCUUACGUCAAAUGACAAUUACCAAAUAUUUGAACCCAAAU